AUGAGUCAACCGUGUACGGAAUAUGGAACGCCAUUCGGAGCCUACGUCGCCCUGUCGGACGAACUAGACUUUCUCGUCGAUUGCGCCGGUGUUCCUCAGAAGCAAAAGCGCAUCCUAUGGCCAGUCGACUCUGUCAACAAUGGCGACAUCCGCCAGAACCGAGUCCCUGCCGGAAACCUCCCGAUACUUUGGAUUCAUGGGCUUCCGCAGUGUCCCGUUACCCAAGGAUACAUAACCUGUGCCCAAGACCAGCAUACCUCCCAGAGAAGCGAAAACGGCUUUGCACCCACCACGACAUUGCAAUUUUGA